GUCGGCAAUUAUCACCAGUUAACCACCUCUAUUUAUUACCUAACACUUUCUUUCUCCUUUCUCUCUCUUUCUCUCUCUUUUUCAUUUCUCCUUUCUCUUGUUUCUCCCAUUGAACAUGAAACUCAUGAAGCUAUUCCGAACUGCCAUCCUGGCAGGCCUCCUGCAGAGGGCCUGGGCCUCAUGCUCCCCCAACCUGCUGACGAAUGGCGACUUUGAGACAGGCACGAUGGAAGGCUGGACACAAGGCAUCGGCACCUUGUCCAUGGCUUCCGACGACGGGUCGUCGUAUUACCUCGUCGGCGCAGACGCCGUCGUCUCCAUCUCCGAAUGGCAGGUCUACUUCUACCAGACCGUCGACGCCAUCGUCGAGGGGACGGAAUACACCAUCAGCUUCGACAUGCGCUUCACGCAGUCCUACACGACCAACGUUGUGUUGACGGCACGAAUCGGCACCACCCUCGCUGGCUCGACCACUCUCUCCCCUGCCACCGUGGGAUUGGACUGGGUCACCUACUCGUAUAGCAUCACGCCGGCCACCACAAGUCAGGCCUUUUAUAUCUCUGUCUCCACCGUCAGGUCCAUGACCUUUGACUUUGACAAUAUCUCUCUCGUCGAGGCCAACGUUGUCUGUCCGACUUCCACCGUUGCCGCCACCUCGUCUACUGCUUCUGUUGCUUCUGUUGCAAGCUCUAUUGCUUCUGUCUCUAGCUCGAUUGCUUCUGUCUCGUCUACUGCUUCUGCCGUAUCUUCAGCUAUUCCAUCAGCCAGCUCAUCCCAGCUCACAGCCAUCUCAUCCCAGCUCACAGCCAUCUCAUCCCAGCUCACAGCCAUCUCAUCCCAGCUCACAGCCAUCUCAUCUCCCAUCUCAUCGAUGGUUCCGGCAAGUGCCAGUGCAGUGCCUGCUUCCAGCUCUUCGGUCAUAACCCCGGUUGGAUCUUCCAGUUCUUUCCCUUUCACCGUCUCUUCCAGCAGCUCUUCUACACUCUCUGUCAGCACUUCCAGCUCUGUCGGCACUUCCAGCUCAGCUGGCCUCUCCAGCAAAGGCACAGCAGCAGUGUCUGUCUCUCCCACAGUAUUCACCGAGACUCAAACUGUCCUAAAAACAGAGAUUGUCACUGUCAGCACUGCCUGUGCACAUGAAUUAUAGUAAUGUGAUGAUAUUUAAAAUAUAAGACUAUUCGACUUCAAUUCUAUUUCUAAUUCUGUUUCUUCUUCAAUCCGCUCUAUCCUUACUCAGCCAGGCAAGUCUUGGUCAGCGCUUUACAUAGUGACACUCCCAAACAUGUUAGAAUAAGAUAUAAGAAUCCUGCUGCUGAUUCAAACCAGUUAUCAUACAUCUUGACGGUACAGUGUGGACGAGGGGAUCAUUCUCGUCCACGGGACGAGAAGCUCCUCGCUGAUCUCAGACGGCGUGGUGUUGACCAGCAGGUGUGGGAUCAUACCAUGGUGUUGAUGGCUAGAAUAUAGAACUGAAAUACCACAAUAACAGGC